GCGGCGCAACAACCACACAAGAAACAGCGACGAUGGCUGUUGGUGGUGGAGCGGGGACAAGGUCGUCUGCGCGAUGCCUGUGGUUUGUAGGGAUGCGGGUGCUGGUGUUUGCGCUGGUGGUGUACCUGCUGGCGGUGUUGUCGACACACAUGGCGCUGCACAACACGCAAAGCAUCACGGGCUACUCGCACAUGAAGAGGCCCGCGGACCAGCUGGAGCGCCUGGACGAGGCAGUGCACUUUUCAGACAGGGACCUGCACCGCGUUGCCCGCACGAAGGAUCCCCCGUCGCCGCCGUCACCACCGCCACCAUCUGAACCGUCUGAGCCAGGAGAGGGCGGUGAUCAUCGCAACAAGGACACGAGUGCACCGCAUGAUCAUGGCACGCGUUCGCAGCAUCAGCAGCAUCAGCAGCAGCAGCAGCGCAUGCAGCGGAGUGACACGAAUGAAAGGAAUGGUGGCAACGCACAACAAGCUGUGCACGAUCAUGACCAACAACAGGAGCAACAAGAACAGCAGCAACAACAAGAGCAGCAGCAACAAGAACAGCAAGGCAAGGAGCAACAAGAACAGCAACAACAGCAGGAGCAGCAACAACCAUGGCAGCAACAGCAAGACAAGGAGUCGCAAGAGCAGCGUGCACAAGACGAGCAAACAGGCGCAUCGACAGCGAAUGAGGUGCUGUUGCCCUUUGCAUCCAUCCACGCAAGAUCAUUGGUGGUGCAAGGCAACGGCGUUGCGCUUGGGCUGCAGGUUGUUCCCGUGAACACGGACAUGGGCAGGGCCAAGUUCCGCAGGAGCCAAGAGCACGGCGGCGGAGAAGACCAGCACGCGCAGCAGCAGCAGCAGCAGCAGCAGCAGCAGCAGCAGCAGCAGCAGCAGCGAGGAGGAAACGACAUCGUACGGGAUGAGGCGCAUGAGGGUAUGAACAAAGACGAACCGCAGCAGCAGCAGCAGCAGCAGCAGCAGCAGCAGCAGCAGCAGCCGCAGCCUGCGUCGUUGCAGCUCAGCUUUGUCGACAACACGCUCACAGGGCAGAGGAUUGAGUCCAAAGGGCUGCUGUUUCAGGUCGGGCUCGGUGACACGACGUGCUCCAGCCUCGAUUGCUGCGCCCUGCAGCGGCUGACGCUCACGCCAAUGAGCAACACGCACAGGCCCAAUGAAGACACGGGUGGCGCGGCGGCACCCGAUGCACGUGAGCGUGAGUCAAGAGAAGAUGGUGCGGGCGAUCACCACUUGCAGCAGCACCAGGCGCAACCACGACAAUCCCAGGGCGAGCAUGCUGCGCUGACAUAUUCGGACGACGCAGUGUGGGUGUCUUCAGCAUCAGCGGUGCUGCUGUGUCGUGUGGACGAUGCGACGGUGUUUCGCGUGCACUGGCACUCUGAUAUCCACGACCAGCCAGAGCACGUGGCACGCUGGUCGCUGCAGCUUGAACCCAUCACGCGCGCCCUCACACCAAGUUAUCUGAUUACGCUGGCGAUCCGGUCUGGCUCUGUUGUCGGCCAAGGCACUGUGCGGGGGUCGCCGUUUGUGCAUCGCAAUGCGCUCAUGUUUCUGUCGCUGGAGCACCCGCUCUCCGCAAACGGCCGGCUGUCGUCGCAGCCCGACAUGGCUGUGUGCGGCGUGCUUGGUCUGCCCCGUAUCGCCGUCGGCGCAACGUCGCGCCAGUACACCUCCAUUGCGGGCGCCUUCACGUCGUGUGUGCGGCGGGUGGCUGCGAUUGGGCGGGAGCUCGUCGCCAAGCGCGGCGUGCAGCUCGACUCGUUCCUCUGGGACGACGGUUGGGAUGACACCAAGUCACUGUGGAGCUUCCAUGCCGGAUUUCCGAACGGCUUCACGCCCGUCUCCGCCGAAGCCAAGCGGUUCAACAGCGGCAUUGGCGUGUGGAUUUCGCCCUGGGGCGGAUAUGGCGAGGCAAAACAGGAGAGGCUGGCGUAUGGGCGCAAGCGCGGGUACGAGGCAAACGAGGCUGGGUUUUCGCUGUCGGGCCCAAAGUACUUUGAGCGGUUCACGGCCAUUGCGCUGGAGAUGGUGACGCGGUUUGGCGUGAACAUGUUCAAGUUUGAUGGCAUCAGCUUUGGCGACGGCAACAUCAACGAAUUCGCUGCAGAGCUGGAGGGGAUGCUGGCGUUCCUGAAGCGGCUGCGCAGCGCGUCCGACUCGGAGCUGUGGAUCAACUUGACAACAGGCAUGUGGCCGUCGCCAUUCUGGCUGCUGUACGGCGAUUCCAUCUGGCGCGGGUUCGGCGACCUCGGCCUCCACGGCGACGGGUCGCUGCGGCAGCAGUGGAUCACGUACCGCGAUGCCGUCGUCCACAAGAUGGUCGUAAGCAAGUCAAACAUGUUUCCCCUCAGCGCGCUCAUGCUCCACGGCAUUGUCACCGGCGCCGUGGGAGAGGCCAGGCAUCUGCAUCUGAACAAGGUCGCCAACAUCAUGCACUUCAAGGAGGAAGUGUGGUCCUACUUUGCCAUGGGCGUUCAGCUGCAGGAGCUCUACAUCAGCCCGGACACAAUGCAUGCAGCGGCGUGGGACGUGGUGGCGGCUGCGGCCAAGUGGGCGCGGGCGCGGGCGCCGCUGCUGCAGCACUCGCGCUGGGUUGGCGGCGAUGCCGUCGAACUGGAGGUAGCCAUGAUGACGAUGAUGAUUUUGGGGAGUUGAUGGUGGUAAUGAUGGUCUUUGUGGUCGAUGGUGAUGGUGACUUGUGAUGAUGGUGACGUAUGAAGUGAGUGGUUCACGGUUGCU